AUGCAGCCAGAGGUAUUUCUUGAUCUAUGUGACAAGAUAGAGAAUCAAUACAAGAUGAAAUCUUCACGAAAUAUGUCGGUGAAAGAGAGUGUUGCAAUAUUUUUGUACAUCUGCGGUCACAAUGCCACUCAGAGAAGCGUCAUGAGAAUGUUUGGACACUCACAAGAGAGCAUAUUUAGAAAGUUUCAUGAAGUUCUUGAUGUCAUGGAACUUAUGGCAAUAGAUAUGUUCAAGCCGGAUCCAACAAAUCUCACUCAAGUCCAUCGAAAGCUGCAGUCAGAUAGACAUUAUGGAUCAAACUUCAAGGGCUGUAUAGGUGCAAUGGAUGGAACACAUGUUCCUGUUAUGGUCUCAGGACGAGAUCAACAACGAUACUGGAACAGGAAAAAUCAAUGCAGCAUGAAUAUUCUAGGAAUAUGCAACUUAGACAUGUUGUUCACAUAUGCAUAUGUUGGUGUGCCUGGGUCUGCUCAUGAUGCAAAGGUUCUAGCAUUGGCUAUGGAAGAUCCUAUUUUUCCGCAUCCACCUUUAGGCAAAUACUAUCUUGUUGAUUCAGGGUAUGCUUUACGUCGUGGAUAUCUGGCACCAUAUAGACAAUCUCGGUACCAUCACGGUCAGUUUCAAAAUCAAGCACCAUAUAGAUCCUAUUUUUCCGCAUCCACCUUUAGGCAAAUACUAUCUUGUUGUUAG